AUGUUCGAGUUUUUGCUUUUCUUUUUUUCUUUUUUUUCUCCACCGGGACAAGCUCCUGACGUCAUGGCAUGCGACACUACUUGACAGUGAAAUUUGAGAAACUUAGAGGGGAUCCGGAUCCGUCGGAUCUGAAAUUGGUCCCAAACCCUUCUCAGAGGCCAGAGCUUGACUGGCAGUGGUGGUCAUUUCAGCAAUCUGAGACAUGGAUACCGUCAUAGCAGCACCAACCACCGCCUGCCACGUGGUGACCAUGGCCUACCCCGGUCGCGGCCACAUCAACCCCCUGAUGAACCUCUGCAAGAUACUAGCUUUGAAGAAGAAAGACAUUCUCGUCACCUUCGUUGUCACCGAGGAAUGGCUCGGCCUCAUCGGCUCCGACCCUAAGCCGGAAAACAUACGCUUCGCCUCCAUACCGAAUGUUGUCCCAUCGGAGCAGGUUCGCGCCGCUGACAUGGACACGUUCGUCGAAGCCGUCUUCACGAAGAUGGAAGCUCCGUUUGAGCGGCUCCUCGACCAGAUUGAGCCGCCGCCGUCGGUUAUCGUCGCUGAUACGUUUCUGUUUUGGGCCAUUGGCGUCGGGAACCGCAGGAAUAUUCCUGUGGCCUCGUUUUGGGUCAUGUCGGCGGCGGCGUUCUCGGUGUUCCAACAUUUCCAUCUUUUUGCCCAAAACCGACAUUUUCCCGUUGACAUCUCAGCAAAAGGCAAUGAGCGUGUGGACUAUAUCCCUGGAAUUUCGUCCACACGUCUGGUAGAUAUUCCAUUUAUUGAUGGGAACAAACAACAAAUGUUGCAAAGGAUCCAAAAAAGUAUUCAAUGGGUGGCCAAGGCGCAAUAUCUCUUAUUCACUUCCACCUACGAGCUCGAAUCUCAAGCAAUCGAUGUUCUAAAAGCAGAGUUCCCAUUCCCCGUCUAUGCUAUUGGCCCAACCAUACCUUUUUUCGAUCUUGCAGAAAAUGUCUCACUAGCUUCUCAUGACGACAGUGACCUCAACUACUUAGAAUGGCUCGAUUGCCAACCAAGAAGCUCUGUUCUAUACAUUUCAAUGGGAAGCUUCCUCUCAGUUUCUAGUGCUCAAAUGGAUGAACUUGCAGCCGGUUUGCGAGAUAGCGGUGCCAGAUUCUUGUGGGUGGCGCGCGGUGAGACUCGUAGACUGAAGGAGGUUUGUGGUGAGAUGGGGUUAGUGGUGCCAUGGUGCGACCAAUUGAGGGUGUUGUCUCAUUCUUCAGUAGGGGGGUUUUUGACGCAUUGCGGGUGGAAUUCCACUAAAGAAGGUGUGUUUUGUGGUGUUCCUUUUCUCACCAUCCCCAUAGUCAUGGAUCAACUCCAAAACAGUAGGCUAAUUGUGGAGGAUUGGAAGAUUGGGUGGAGGGUGAAGGAAGACGUGGGAGCGGGCAGUUUGGUGACAAGAGAGAAAAUCAGAGGGCUAGUGCAGAAUUUCAUGGAUUUGGAAAGUGAUGAAGUGAAGGAAAUGAGGAAAAGAGCAAGUGAAGUUCAACAGAUAAGUCAACGUGCGAUUGCUGAAAAGGGUUCAUCUGAAACUAACAUCAAUGCCUUCGUUAGAGCCUUUUCACAAUGCCAAGCAUGCUGAUCAAGCUAGGAGUUUACAAAAUUGUCUAGCUAUACUUUAUUCUCGCGUGCAGAGAAUCAUACAGAAGCUCCACUCGGUGCAGCUUAUUUGCCGUGAAAAGCAAGCAAAUUAAGCUUAUUUGCUGGCUAGUGUAUCUUUUCUUAAACAAAGUUAUAUAUCAUGUAAUCUUUUCUUGUGAGUUAAAGUUAAAAGAGACUAAUAAAGAGUAAAUCUCUAGCUAUUUAUUUUAUAAUUUAAUCUAA